AUGAAUGACGUUAGCAGUUCCAUUUCGUCCAACUUCCUUAUGUUUGCGGAUGAUAUGAAGGUGUUCAACAGGGUUUCUUCAUCUUCAGGGCAUCAGGAUCUCCAAAUGUCACUACGUGAAAUAGAAAAAUGGUGUGCUUCAAACUCAAUGGAACUUAAUGUCUCCAAGUGUGUCAUAAUGUCUUUUAAACGAGGUCUUGGUCCAGUUACCUACGACUACCUAAUGAACAACACGAUCUUGAAGCGAGUACAGAGUGUAAAGGACCUUGGGGUUGUCUUGUCACCCUCAUUCAGCCCACAGGAACACAUAAACUAUAUCACAUCUCGUGCCAACUCUCUACUGGGAUUCCUAUUCCGAUCAACUAAGGACUUCCACUCCCCCAAUACACCAGUAGUGCUGUAUAAGUCACUCGUUCGUCCCAUACUUGAGUAUGCUUGCAUCAUAUGGACCCCAUACCAGCAAAAUCAUAUAGAUCAGCUACAGCACAUCCAAGAUCGUUUCCUGCGGCUGCUGGGCUCAAGAAUCGGUUACACUUACCGAGCCACUCCUGUUGUUGAUUUGGAAAAACGCUUCGGUUUACUUCCCCUCAUCCAAAGACGUCAUUACUUCGACCUCAUUGCCCUGCACAAGAUUGUGAAUGGUUUUCUCGACUGUCCCGAGCUGCUUAGCAGCAUUGAUUUCGUCACGCCCAGAGGAACCAGAUCUGGAACUAUCUUCAGGAGAAAAUACCACUCCACAUACUACACUUACCAUGCUGGAAUAUCACGUCUCCUGAGGAUUGGAAGUGAUGCUGCAUCUCACAUAGACUUCUUUAAUGAGUCGAUUGCAUCAUUCAAGCACAAAGUUCUUGCAAAUUACGCCUUGUACCAGUAUUAA